AGCGUGCCCCGCCUCUCUCCGUCCUCGCAUCCGUCCCGCCCCUUCCUCCCGAGCUAGCCCCCGCAGUGCCCGCCCAACUCCAGGACUAUGCGGAGAGACAGAAACCAAAACUCGGCACACACGAAAGCCUGGGCCUCCUUAAAGCCCCAACUCUGAGCGCUUUCUGGGCAGCUCUUGAACUCCACUGCGGCCCCUCACUGAUGGCAGCCAUGUUAGUUGCAUCCGGGUAUGUCGAGGAGCCCCGACCAAAGUCUCCCGGAAGUGACGCGAGCGCGGAGGGAUUCGCAUUCGGCUGAGGCCCAGGAGGAAGAAAUUUUAUCCUUUCCAGUGUGGAGACAUCAAGGGUCGCAGAGGGCAAGUGAAUUGUCUAAGGUCGCUUCGGCAAGGGCGUUCACCUUCAGCUCGGCAACAUUUGCCCAUGGAAUGGUGCCAAGCCACCGUGGUCUUUGCGGUGGACACAGACCGAACUGUGUGCCGGGGUCACCUAAACUAACCCAGUGCCCUGGGAUCUCACUUGGUCUCCUACCCCUUGAGUCUGCACAUGCAGGGUUCUUGCUGACCUCGACUGCAGGACAAACUACAGGAAAGUGCUCUACAGAUGGUUCUAAGAAGUCUUCGAUGAAGCUAAAGAGAGCAGAUUUCUCUAGUGUGUCGCCACCAUCCCCCUCUGGAGACUUGGGAAGCAGAAGGAUAGCAGUGAGACAGAGUGAAGCUGACAUGCAUAGAGAAGCUGGGAUUGUUUUCUCAGGGAAACUACCAUGUCUUGAAGACACUCAAGCAGCCCUAUGGAGAGACCCAUGUGGCAAGGAACUGAGGUCCACAGCCAGCAACCAGUGUAUGCACUUGGCAGAAAUGAGUACUGCCCGGCGGAUCCCUCCGCCGCAGCGUGCGCUACCGGUAGCGCCGCGAUCGGCUUUUCGGCAAUACCCGGAUGGAAGCGUAAUGGCCGCCAUCGGGGACUCGCAGGCAAUGGGGACCACGACAGGUAUUCCCUAUGAACGGGGCCGCUCAGACUUGUUAGGAUGCCGGGACUUCUAG